AUGGCACCAGUACCUCCAUCCGUUCUUCGCGCCCUAUCCCUCCCUCUUGAUCUCACCCCCUCAAAAGCUACUCUAUCAACCUCCGGCCUAGGAUCAGGCUUCUCCAACACGGGACGCAUCACAAUCUCCAUACCAAAACCUCAGACAAACAGUGGUUUGUCUGAAGAAGACGAAGAGCAGAGACAAUACUUCCUCAAAACCUCACCCGACGGCGAAGAAAUGUUCCAAGGCGAAUUCGCCUCGUUGAACGCCAUUGCUGAUGCCGUACCUGGUUUCUGUCCUAGAGCUUUAGGAUGGGGUCCUCUCGACAAGGGCAAAGGCUACUUUCUAGUCACUGAGUUCCUGGAUUUGUCGGGUCGAUCAUCUCGCCUAUUUACCACAAAAUCGUCCAAAACGAGUCUUGCGUACAGAUUGGGAAAGUUACAUAGCACACCUAUCUGUUCGUCAUCCUCUUCGGCAAAACGAUAUGGCUUUCCGGUACCGACGUACUGCGGAAAUACGCGCCAGCCAAAUGAAUUUUAUGACUCGUGGGCGGAGUUUUAUGCGAAUGAGCGGUUACUCAUGAUCCUGAAAGAGUCGGAGAGGAAGAAUGGAUCGGACGCUGAGCUACGAGAUUUAGUCACCAGGACCGCGGAGACGGUUGUGCCGCUUUUACUUGCGGACGACCACCUGGGCUAUGACUACCGCGGACAAGGGGAAGGAAUAUAUCCUGUCGUCAUCCACGGAGAUUUGUGGAGCGGGAAUGCGAGUCAAGGCCGCAUCGUUAAACCCUCUCCUUCUCCUUCCGCUGAAAACGAAGGCGACGGAGGAGGGGUGGUAUACGACCCCUCAGCUUGCUAUGCGCAUAGCGAGUAUGAGCUAGGGAUUAUGCAUAUGUUUGGCGGGUUCGGAAAGGCGUUUUUCGAGGAAUAUCAUUCCAUUGUCCCGAAGACAGAGCCGGUGGAGGAGUAUGAGGAUCGGGUAAAGCUUUAUGAAUUAAGGGGCGGCGGCAACCACCCCGCUGCCCGAAACAAUCCUCACAACCGUCCACAUCACCAUGGACCUCCUCCUGCGCGCGCAGUAGCAGAAGAGGUCGCGAAACCGUAUGUUUUUGAACAUACGAUUCAGGAAUGUCUAUCGGCGACGGGAGUUGAUCCGCAGCGCGAAGAUGAUAUUCGGAUUUCUGGCGUGACGUGGAUUGAUAAUGUUCGCAAGGCUCUUCGACUACCCGUGAAAACGUAUAAUACUGCAUGUGUGUAUUACCACAAAUUCAGACUCGUUCAUCCCGACAGCCAGUACAGUUAUAUGGAUGCUGCGGCCGCAGCUUUAUUUACUGCCUGUAAGAUUGAAGAUACCCUUAAGAAGAGUCGCGACAUCGUGUGCGCUGCAUAUAACCUGAAACUUCCUCCAUCGGAGCAAGUCUCACCUGACGAUGCCAUAUUCGACCAACAUUCCCGGGGAAUCAUCAUCCUCGAAAGACUGAUGCUCGAAGCAUCAGGUUUCGAUUUCCGCAGUCGACACCCUCAAAAACUGCUCGUCAAACUCCUCAAGCAAUACGGCUUGAAAAGGGACAAUGAAGUCGGCAUUCUCGCGUACUGCAUUUCUCUUGAUUUGUAUCGCACUUUUGCGCCGUUGAAGCAGACUACGGGGACCAUGGCGUUUGCAUGUUUGGAACUAGCGUCUCGUCUUCUUGAUGCUGGAUUGAAAGAUGUUGAGGCUGGAAAGGAUUAUGAGGAUUGGAACCUAGGACGUGCUGAAGUCAUGGAAACACUGCUGGACCUACUCGAUCUAUACAUUCAUCAUCGAUCGUCCACGGUUGUCGGUCCCGAAUACCCACUCGAAGCUUUCCUCGCAAUCCGCAUUCCGCUCAAUAAACAGAGUGAAGACGAAGGACUACCCCGAUUCACCCACUGGCGAGAUAGCAGGGUUUCUGUAUCAGUCAACAUCAAAGCAACCAACGGCACCGGUCCAAAACACGGCAAAAACAACAAACACAAAGGCAAAGGCAAAGGCAAAGACCAACGAGACCGCGAAUUCGAGAAUGCGGCCCCAGCGGCAGUGGGCCCUCCACCGAAUCCGCUUACGCCGGUAUCUGCGAAUGGUGAAAAGCCAGGUUUGAGUGAUCGAGGCCGCGAUGGGACGGUACGCUUCAUGUUGGAUGUCGAGCGUGCCGAGGCAGAGAAGAAGGUUGUCUCGAGUUAUUUCCGGGAUACCAUGGAGGAAGUCGAGGAGUAA